AUGUUGUUAAACAGUGUUGUUGUUGUUGCUGCUGCUAUAGGCACAAUUGUUUUGUUGUUCAACGAUGAAUGUUUGUGCUAUGAAAUUGCAAACAAUGAAAAAAUUAAUCAAAAUGAAUUGAAGGCGGUACCAUCGUCAUCAUCAUCAUCACCAUCGUCGCCAUUCUCACCAUCAUCGGAGUCAUCUUCAAUGGCAACGAACACAAGAAAAGCAAGAUGGUUCCCAUUCUAUACAAUAGGACGAUUUCAAAAUGGAGUGUGUACGGGGAAAAAUAAUCUUCUGGGUACCUGUAUGGUUCGUGGAGAAUGUAGCGACAAUGGAGGCGUAUCUGCGGGCAGUUGUUCCACAAUAACCAAUCAGGCAGUCUGUUGUAUUUAUCAAAAGACCUGUGGUGCUACGACACAAUACAAUAACACCUACUUCUAUAAUUCUGGCUAUCCGGGGACUUAUGGAGGCGGGGGGCGAUGCACUAUAGUGGUGCAGCCUUGCGACGCAAACAUUUGCCAACUGCGCAUAGAUUUUCUUUCGCUGUCUUUGGCUCCACCAAAUGGCGAUGGUUUUUGUGUUACAGACUCGUUACAAAUCACCGGAGGUUCAUCGCGAGUACCGCCCAUAUGCGGUGAAAACUCUGGACAACAUGUCUAUGUCGAUUUCAAUGGAGAAUCGCCCAUCACCAUAUCUAUAGCCACCUCUGCGGGAUACACAUUCAAUCGACAAUGGCAAUUUCAGAUAGCUCAACUGGCCUGUGCCUCAGCUACACAGGCGCCGUCUGGCUGUUUGCAAUACCAUUUGGAUGAAAGUGGCACUGUGCAAAGCUUCAACUACAACUCAGCCCCCAAUUCACUACCUAAUUCGAUAGGGGUUCCAGGAACGCGUCAAAUAGCCAAUCAUAAGUAUGGAAUUUGUAUACGCAUGGGUGCGAAUAAAUGUUCCAUUACCUGGUCGCAAGUAGAUUCAGAUGCCUAUUCGUUUACGCUCACCAAUGAUGUAGGUGCAGUGGAUCCUUCGCUUUUGGGAACUGAGGCAGUGCAAAGUCAAGAUUGUACAACAGAUUUUGUGGUCAUACCAAAUCCCACACAGGGCGGAGUGCCACUUCCUAGUGACCGAUUUUGUGGUUUAGGUCUGGUACCUACCACUACAGCAACGAAACCCUUUGUUCUAUUCGUUAAUCAUGAUGACAAUGAGGAUUUUGAUAUAUCAAAUCGAGGAUUUUUUCUUUCAUAUUCGCAAAAUGGUUGUCCUAUUAUAUAAAUAGUCUAUGGUGCCGAAUAAAUGAUGUGAUUCUUCUGGAAA